AAAGGAAGCCAACUGCCAAUAAACACCGAAGAAGAAGAAGCGGAAGAAACACCAAAGAAGAAGAAGAACAACAACAUUAAUGUAGGUAGAUGAUAUUAGAGGAGAUAAAGUAUAAUUUAUGUCUCUUUGCUGUUCUUUGUUUGACAUAUGAAGGAUUCAGCUGAUAGUUAAAGGUGUUAUUGAUCUUCUCUCUCCUUUAACCGUCGAUAUCUAUCAGAAACAGCUUCAGAUAAAGCUAAUAAAGCUAAUGUUAGCUAGCAUCCAGCAUCUUCAGCCUCUAAACCUCCAGAUAAAGAGACUUUCAUCAACCAAAGACUGAUUAAUAAUCAGCAGAAGUAACGGUGGUGACGCUCCAGCUGCUCCUCAUGGCGUCUUCAGACGGUCUGCAGGAGAUGAGUGAGGUCGUCAUAGUGACGAUACCUGAGUCAGUGGGGGAGGAGCUCCCCCCCGUCACAGAGGAGGAGAAAGCUGUACUGGUGACUGCAGAGCUGACCCCCCAACCAGGGCAGGAUCUCCUGACAGCAGCUCCAGUGGAAACAGAAGCUGAAGCCGGUUCAGCAGAUUCUCUGUCGAGGGAAGAAGCCGUCAUCGUGAAGUUGACUGAAGAAGUGGACGUGGAGGCUGACGUCUUCUAUCCGAUCACAUGUGGAGACGCCAAAGCCACGCUGGUCUGGAAGAAGUUCGUCUGUCCCGGGAUCAACGUCAAGUGUGUCCAGUUCAAUGAGCAGCUCAUCAGCCCAAAGGAGUUUGUGUGUUUAGCGGGAAAAUCCACUCUGAAGGACUGGAAGAGAGCCAUCCGCCUCAACGGCACCAUGCUCAGGAAGAUCAUGGACUCAGGUGAGCUGGACUUCUACCAGCAUACCAAGGUCUGCUCCAACACCUGCCGCAGCACCAAGAUCGACCUCGUGGGAACCAAAGUGUCCAUCAGCAGCAGCGAUCAGUCUGCUGAGCUGUUUCCUGCCACGCCCUCAUCAGCUGACUUGAACGGAGCAGCGACCUCGUUUCCUGACGGGACGGAGGAAACAUCAGAGUGGGUCACAGCCAUCGGAGAGGACUCUGUGGCGUUCUGGCGGACGGUGAAGGAGGCGGGCCUCCUGGAGGAGGUGGUGGAGGACUUCCAGACGGAGCUGCAGGAGGUGCUGAAGGGGCUGCAGGAGAGAGUGUGUGACCCUCCACUUCAGGUUAAAGACGCUGUCUUGCUGAACAACAUCGUGCAGAACUUUGGGAUGUUGGACCUGGUGAAGAAGGUUCUGGCGAGUCAUAAGAGUCAGAUGGAUCGAUACAGAGAGCAGUACACCCGCAGCCUGGCCGCUCUGGAGCAGCAGUGUGAUGAACACAGGAAGCGAGCCAAAGAGCUGAAGAGCAAGUCGCAGCACCUGAACAACGUCCUGAUGACCCUGACCCCGGUCCCCGCCGCCCCGGCCCCCAAACGACCCCGUCUGACCCGCGCCGUCUCCGGCCCGGCCUCGGUGGGCGGCGCCGCGGCCCAGAUCACGCUGCCCCUCAGCCAGCUGAGCGCUCUGCCGCUGGGGAAGGUUGUGACGGUGGCCGGAGCUCCUGCCAGCUCCAACCUGGGCGGCUACACGCUGCUCACCUCCUCGCUGUCUGGCGCCGAGCUGGCGGCCGACGCCUCCAACCUGACCGUGCUGUCCACGGCGGCGGGUCAGGAGGGCGCCGUGGCCCCCGGCGGCCCCGCGGCCUCCACCGCCUUCGUUAAAGUGGUCGGGCCUCAGUUCCAGCUGGUGACGCUGCCGGCGGCGCUGCAGAGCCUCGCCGCGGCUCAGAGCGGCGUCCAUCAGCAGAUUGGCAGCAUCAGCGUGGUGGACGCCACGGCAACCGCCGGAGAGGCGCCACAGGAGGACGGCGAGGAGGAGGAGAGUCAGCCAGAGGAGGUGAAAGAGGAGGACGGGGAGCAGCACUGAGACGCCGCAGAUGUUCUGUUCCACAAAGUCUCACUGCAGAUUUAUGCUCCAAAUAGAGUCGGAACUGAAAAUGAACUCCUUCAUGUUUGUUUUAUCUUGUGACAAAGUUUCACAUUUCAAUUUUGCUUUAUUUCAGUGAAAUUAUUAUAUAUAAAAAAACACAAAAUCCAACUCAAAACCAAGCAGGAAUUGCAUUUACCACCGUCUGCUUAUAAUACAAAUACAUAAAAAUAACAGAAAUGAUGUAUAAAGUGUGAUAUAAAAAACACAAAAUCCAACUCAAAACCAAGCAGGAAUUACACUUACCACAGUCUGAUUUGGAUAUAUAAACUAAUUUAAACAUAAACAUAACAGAAAUGAUGUAUAAAGUGUGGUAAAAAAGUGAGAUAAAUAUAACUUAAGACUAAAAUGUAACAUUUCUUCAUAAUAUUUAGUCUAAAAUACACAAAUCUCUGAAUAGAGUUGUUAAACAUUUUUAAAUACAUUCAUAACAAAUUCAAUUUGAAAAUGUUUCUUCACUGAAAACUAAAUAUAAACAACAACAUCACUAUUAGAACCUUUUACAGCAAAACCUACAUUUUUGGUCAAAAUUAAGUUAUCACUAAAAUAAAAAUGAACUCCUUGAUGUUUGUUUUAUCUUGUGACAAAGUUUCACAUUUCAAUUUUGCUUUAUUUCAGUGAAAUAAUUAUAUAUAAAAACCACAAAAUCCAACUCAAAACCAAGCAGGAAUUACACUUACCACAGUCUGAUUUGGAUAUAUAAACUAAUUUAAACAUAAAAAUAACAGAAAUUAUAAGUUUAUUUAAAUGGGAAAUCCAAAUCUACUUAUUUUGAGCAAUUGUGGCUUAAAAAACCCGACUGUAGUAACAUUAAAAUAAACCAGAAAUACUUGAAACGAGCACGUUUUGUUGGUAGAAAAUGCUUUUUUAAUAACAUUUAAACUACAUGCAACUAAAACUCUCAACUGGAGCCAAUAUUUGAGGUAAAAACUCACCAUAUUCAUACAUUUUUGGGGUCAAAGGUCAAAUAAAUCACUGACCUACCUAUAACACAUUUGGCUGGACAGUUAAAAACAUUAAAAAACUUUAAAGCAGUUUAUUUAGUUUGACCUUAUUUGAUUUGAUGUUGCUAGUUACUGCAGUUAGACUCUGUAGGACAGAACUGUGGAGCCUUUAAACAACACAUUUAGUGUGUCAGUCGUGAUUUUACUGUAAAUAUGUAACUAAUAUAUUUGAUACAGCUGUUUGUUUUAAAAGUGUUGUUCCGUUUGGUAAUAAAUGCUCCUUUUUUUCCAAAGAA